AUGACAAAGGGAAGGUCGUUUGUCCAAGGAGAAAUUACAAGUGCGGAUUGGGAUCAGUCUCAGCUGCCUACUUGUCUCAUUCUCCCACCUUUUACCCUUCCCCCCGGCUUCCUCUCCCUCUCCCUCCCUCUCUCUCUCUCAGGUCUAGGUUAUAAGAGAGGGAGGGUAGCACAGUGACCUUUUUUCCCCCUCCAAGUAAAUCCACCUGCUCUCCAUCUUUGUUGUGUUAGAGAGACUUUCCCAAGCGGGUUUCCUACCAGAGCCGACAUGGAGCAUCUAGAGAGAAGACUGCCUGCAGCUUUCCUCCUCCUCCUCCUGCAUCUUCUGUCUGUCCGCUGUGUUCACAAUCCAAAAACUACAGUCUCCUGGUGUGUACUGUCUGACGCUGAAGAGCAGAAGUGUCUGGAUUUGGCCGGGAACGCCUCAGCUCGGAAUAUUAGAGGGACUUUGCAAUGUGUCCGAGGCCUGAACACCAGAGACUGUAUGGACAAAAUAAAGAAUGGGACAGCAGAUGCAGCCUCCAUGUCUGCAGAUGACAUCUACGCUGCGGGUCUCUGCCACGGCCUGGAGCUGUCGGCAGGGGAGUCCUACAACAGAGUGGAUGGUAUCAGCUACUACGUGGUGGCUAUGGCGCGUCGCUCCUCCUCAGAUCUGUCCCUGCUGGAGAUGCAUGAACGCAGCUCUUGUCACCCUGGUAUGCGCACCACGGUGGGAUGGACUGUUCCUAUUGGCUACCUGGUGAACACCUCCCAGAUCAGUGUAGGGGAGCAGUGCAACUUCCCCAAAGCUGUGGGGAACUUCUUCGGUUACAGCUGUGUGCCCGGUGUGAAGGACCACCAGCACGACCCCAAAGGCAACAACCCCAAGAACCUGUGCGAGGCGUGCAUAGGCGACGACAACGACAGACACAUUUGUGCCAGCAACCACAGAGAGAGGCACUUCGGGGAGGCCGGGGCGCUGAGGUGUGUGGCAGAGAACCUCGGGGAUGUGGCGUUUGUCAAACACACAACACUGUUUGACAACAUGGACGGUAAGAACCAGGAGUCCUGGGCCCUGGAUUUGGAGCUGGAGGACCUGAAGCUGCUGUGUCCUGAUGGAACCGAGGCCGGUCUGGAUGAGUUUGAGCGAUGCCAUCUGGCAGCCGUACCCACCAACGCUGUGGUGGUCCGCAUGGAGGACAAGUGUCAUGUCUGGAAGUUCCUGGAGCGUUUACAGAAUGUGUUUGGCAACGCCACCGAGGGCUUCAGCCUGUUCAGCUCAGCCGGCUAUGGCGAAUCCAAUCUGCUCUUUAGCGAUUCCACACACCACCUGCAGAGGGUUCUGGGUAGCUACACCUCUUGGCUUGGCCCCACUUACACCACCAUGCUGCGAGCCUUCGAGUGUGAGGGCUUCUGCUGAUGGAACAGGAGGAAGACAUCCAGCACCUCAACUUCCACUGAAUCCCUCUGCCUCCGUCCUCCCGUUCUGCCUUCUCCUCCCUGCCAUCUGUCUCUCUCUCUCUCUCUCUCUUUUUUUUAAAUCUAUUUUUUCUGCUGUACUUUGGUGUUUGUCUGUUUAUUCACCACCCGUUCUCUGAUAUAACAGCCUCGUCCUCCCCUGACCUAGUACUUCCUCUAUAGCACCGGCAGGGGUAGGACAUCGCUAAGAGGGGUUAAUCGACUGAGAGCAGGACUGAAAAUGUCCUGAAAUUAAGCUUUUAAAGGACACUUUGAACAAAGAGUAGGGAACAAUGAAGAACAGGGCUGAAGUAAGAAAAAUAGAAAAGAAGUGCAAGUUAAUAGUUCUUAUGUUAUUUACACAUUGCGUCGCUUUUUGAAGCAUUUUAAAAUCUCUCUCAAUAUAUACGUGCAUGAAAGAAGUGUUCCUACUCUCUGUGUCUGUUGGAAAACUGUGCCCUUCUUAUUCCCUUAAUCUAAGCUUCACCCCCCACCUUACUACCCCCCCACCCCCACCUAUACAGGGUCUGUCUCUGGCACUGAACAACUGGGUGCUAUUAACUUUGAGCUUAGAAGUCUCAGUUACUGUAAGUGUGUUUGUGAGUAUACACUCUUUUUUCCCCCCACAGCCAUUAAUGCUGUAAUUGGCAGUCGGGCAUGUUAGACUGUUUUGUGUGUGGGAGUGAGAGAGAAGUUGUGUGUGCAUCUCGAUGUGCCUAUGUGUUAGUGUGUCUGUAGUGUUGCAGCUUUCCCAUGGCUUGUAUAGCUUACAACACUUUGGAUCACUGCUUUCUCACGGCUGGUAUGGUGGACCAGACUGUGCCAGCCCAGUAUAGUGUUACACUAUAGAAGUUAGGACGAACUGGAUUAGAGCUCAGGUUGCCUACGGUGACCUCCGAGUGACUCUUUAACCUCUUUUUUAAAAAACUUUGACAACAUUUGAAUCAACCAUAACUUUCAAAAUGAACUCUUAAUAACCUUCUUUGUCCGUCUUGCCUUGACUCGUGAAGAAAUAUGUCGACUCCUGUUGUGUUUUUCUACGUCCUAUCACUAUUACUCAAAGAUUGCUAUCAACAGCGAGUCAUUAAAGCGCAUGUGAGAAGUUUUUGGACGGUUAUGAAACUAACUGAAAUGAAUACUGAUGCCUCUUUAUGACCUUGAAAAGCAAACAAGACCAUCAGCAAGAAGAUUAAUCCUCUCUAUAGUUAUUUGCAAUGUCUGAACUACUGCCACAGGGUAGCUGUCAGACAAAGCGGUUAAGCGCGGCAAAAACUGCCUUUUUAGUUUUUUUUUUUACAUUUUCUUCCGGCAAGGUUCAAGAUGAGUGAUACAUUUGAUUGUUAAAAGAAAGCAGGAUGAGAUUCUUUGUUAGAAACCAACCCCCAAAAAAUCAAACAGCAAAACCUACAAAAAUGCAUGAGUAGUAUCCACUUUGUCCACAGGGGGCGCCAAAACUGACACCAACCCUAAUUCCUCACAGGCGCUUUAAUAAUGAGAGAACGUAUUUAAAGUAAUGAUUAUUUUAGUGUGUUAUAUAUCCAAAAAUAUCAUAACUAAUAAAAGUAUUGUUAAAUAGUUGUGCUGUGAAGAAAUAGUAGUUUUUUAAACACUCACACAUAUCUCUGACAUGUUUUAAGAUGUUCUAAUAAACCCAUUUUUUCCUUCCCGAUUAUGAUUCUGUUAUAGACUUGAGUACCAAGACCCUCUUAUACCAGUGCCAAAAUAAAAUAAACAUCAUGUUUUUUGGAGAGAAAAAAACAGAUUUUUUGACAUGAGGCCAUCUUGAACUAACAUCACACUCUCCGCUUUCACCACACUGAUAUAGUUUGUUACACAAUCAUUGCAAUAGUUACCUGAAACCAGGUGCUUUAUGAGAACAUGUUGAUUGGCAUACCAAUUGUAGUAGAUGCUGAUACAUGAUUUAAGAAUUACAGUUGAAUCAGGGCCAGUUGAAAGCCUUACUUGACCUACAAAUCCUGUACUGUAACAUUUAAAAUCUCCACCUUUAUUAUAUAAUAUUAUAUCUUUCCCAUUCUGCACCACAGAGCUCGGCUCUGACACAGAUAAACCAGAUCAAGUUCUCCUUGUCAACCUUUUUUUUUUUUUUUACUCAUUAAACCAGAAGAAAUCCAUCAAGUUAGAGCUGCCAGAUACAAACACAGAAAUGUAUUAACUCUGAUUUGCUAAGGUAAUUGCAAGUCUUACGUUCUAUCAAAUAGUCACAUUUGAUCCCACUGCGUAUAAUGUCUUGGUGGAAUAAAGACUCCUCGAGUGUGCAAGAUGAAAGAAGCAAACAUUCUUGCAAUAUUUUGCACCUCAUUUGUGAAGGAUAAAGGCGUAUCUGUUGUACUAAAUCAACUCUGGUUUGUACGGUGCUGUUUGUUUCCUCUGUUGUCGACAGUCUUCAAAGAGGCCUGAUGUAAAUACUCAUGCUGAAUGUGUAGA